AUGCCACGUGGACUCUUCCGGCCACGCCCCCUGGGACCGCCGAACCCCGCCCCCGGGGACGCGGGCGUUGCUCGGCAACCGCCGGGGACUUGGCCGGCGCCGCUGCCGUCUCCCCGGAGCCUAGAACCGCGGCCCUCCGGAGGCAUGGGCGACCCGUCGCAGAGCCCCGACCCCGCCCAGGAGCGGAGGACGUCCCAAGCCUCGAACCCGAGGCGCAGUCGGGAGUUCUCGCAGGCCCAGGUGUCGUUCCCCGACGACGGGCAGCGGGGCCGGCAGGGCGCCCGGACGUCCGGGGCUGGCCUGGGCCAGACCGACGCGCAGAGGGCACCGCGGGCCAGCCUGACCCCACGCGGGUCCCAGGGCCAGGAGGACCAGCCCGGGGGCCCAGUGUACCCCUCAGGCCUGCCCUCGGGACUCCAGCCUCCUGGCUCCGUGGCCGAGGGGACCCCACAGCAUGUCCCGCACCCCCACGGUUUCUUCCAGCAGCUGCAGUCCGCCCUCCAUGUCCCCAGCAGGGAUGUCCUAAGCCAGCUCAACCUGUAUCAGAAAGACGACGUGCAGUUCAGCCAGGCAACCCCGCACGGCCCCUACUUGAGGGAUGACCCUGCCCUCCAAUCCUCACCCUCCCAGCUGGGCUCCGUGUCCCCCGGCAAGCACCUGUCUGAGCCCGCGCCCCUGGAGCUGGCCGUGCAGAAUGCCAAAGCCUACCUGAUGCAGACCACCGAUAACAAUGACAUCAGCCUGUACGAGCACAUGGUGAACCUGUUGACCAAGAUCCUCAACGAGCGCCCGGAUUGCCCCUUGUCCAUCCUGGAGUCUCUGAACCGCACCACACAGAGGGAGUGGUUCCACCCCAAACAGGACACCCUACGGGAGGAGCCCGAGAUGCAGAGCACCUACGAGAUGGCGGAGAAGCAGAAGGUUCUUUUCAGCCAGAACGACCAGGAGAUAGAAGAGGAAGUGACAGAAGGCCCGGUGCCCGACAUCAUGGAGGCGGCCUACUACUUCCAGCAGGCCGACGUGGGCCUGGGCCUGGACGAGAGCUUGCUCAUCUUCCUGGCCCUCAAGCAGCUGGCCAAGCAGCAGCCGGUCCGCACGUGCCGCUUCUGGGGCAAGAUCCUGGGCGUGGAGCGCAGCUACCUGGUGGCCGAGGUGGAGCUGCGCGAGGGCGAGGAGGAGGCCGAGGACGAGGAGGCCGAGGAGGAGGAGCUCGAGAAAACGAGGGACACCCCGCCCCGGCCGCAGUGGAAGCCGCCGCCCGCCGUGCCCACCGAGGAAAGCGGCUCGGGGGCCAACAAGUACGUGUACUUCGUGUGCAACGAGCCGGGGCUGCCGUGGGCGCGGCUGCCGCCCGUGACGCCCGCGCAGAUCGUGGCGGCGCGCAGCAUCCGGAAGUUCUUCACGGGCCGCCUGGACGCGCCCGUGGUCAGCUACCCGCCCUUCCCCGGCACCGAGGCCAACUACCUGCGCGCGCAGAUCGCGCGCAUCUCGGCCGCCACGCACAUCAGCCCGCUCGGCUACUACCGCUUCCGCGAGGACAGGGGCAGAGACGACGAGGAGGUCGACGACGAGGAGAAGGGCGGCGGGGGGCGCGACUCCUGUGAGAGGAACCCCGACUUCGAGGGCAUACCCGUGUACGAGUUGGUCAACUCCAUGGCCAACUGGGUGCACCACGUGCAGCACAUCCUGCCGCAGGGCCGCUGUACUUGGGUGAACCCUUUCCGGAAGACAGAGGAGGAGGAGGAAGAAAAGGGAGAAGGGAUGGAGGAGAUGAAACAGGAGAUGGGGCCGCCACUGCUGACCCCACUCUCGGAAGAUUCAGAAAUCAUGCACCUGCCACCCUGGACCACCCGCCUGUCCUGCAGCUACAGCCCGCAGUAUGCCGUGGCCCUCGUGCGCUCCAACCUCUGGCCAGGGGCCUUCGCCUACGCCAGUGGCAGGAAGUUUGAGAACCUCUACAUUGGCUGGGGUCACAAGGACAAUCAGGAGAACUUCAACCCGACCCUGCCAGGCCCAGUCCAGCAGGAGUACACCGAGGGCCCCGAGGUCAGGGAGAUGGACGACCCCACGGUGGAGGAGGAGCAGGCCCUGAAGGCCGCCAAGGAGCGCGCCCUGAAGGCGGCUCAGGAGCAGGCCCUGGAGGCCUCCGAGGAGGAAGAGGAGGACAAGGAGGAGGACGAGGAAGAGGAGGACGAGGAUGACUGAGCUCCUCCCGCCCUUUCCCGAAGCAGCCACAGCCCCGCCCCCUAAUGCAUAUUCAUGUUGUUGGUAUCCUGUUGGCUUCACUACUCCAAAUAAAAUUGCCCUGUGGUCUUCAUUCAGCCAUCA